UUUUUUUGCCUUUGAUAGCUUUACCAUAUUGUAAUGAUAACCAUUUUAUCAUGAAUGCGAUGCAGCUGUGAACAAUGCUCGUAUGAAUUUUAAUGAAUAUAGUACGUCUAUUUCAAUGGUAGAUUUUAACCCUUUAGAUCAUUUUUCGGUUACCUAACAUGGCUACGUCAACAAACGAAAUCAAUUAAAGCUGGGAGUUUUGGGGUCGUAUGGGGCUUUAAUGAAUAUUUGAAGAUUUCUAUAAAUAUUCGGAGUUGUUUGGAAAAGUUCUCAUUUCGGAUUGACAAGCAAGGAAGAUGUUUCCCGCCCUAACCUUUAUUGUCGUCUGCUUUGGUCUUGUAUCGGCUGGUCCGGCGUCUCGUGUAAAGAGACAACUCGACUGCCCAGAUUCGUUUACCAACGUGCCCAAUCCCUGUGUUGGUAAUACUGAAGGGACGAUAUACUACCCCCACCCCACCGACGCCACCAAAUUUCUCCAAUGCGAUCUACUGGGACAUAUGUACAUCAUCCAAUGUCCUCAAGGUCUGCACUACAAACCAAGCACAUCAUCAUGUACAUCAGUCGGGGGAACCAUCACCACAACACUAGCGCCAACUACAACGCAUGCGCAAACUACAAGUGUGCCACCUACCACAAGUGUGUCUACAGUAGUUCCGGUUACCACAGAUGGAAAUCCGUGUUCCUCCGCAAGCGUAAAACAGGGCAAGACUUACUUUCCUUACGCUCUCGAUAUUCAUCGAUUUAUUGAAUGUGAUCUGUUGGGAAACGCAAAGAUUCUUGACUGCCCUAACGGCCUUCUUUGGGAGCAGAGAACCCUGUCCUGUGUGUAUGAACUGGGAACGAAUGUCACAGACCACAACUCUGGCACCAGAAUCGGAACCGGAAGUGAUACUAAGGCAGUAGAUCCCGCUAAUCUUGCGGCAGUGUGUCCUCCAAAAGGAUCUCAAAUCACGGCAAUGGCUGAUUUAUAUCACUCUUACCCCGGAAACAACACAAAGUUCGUCCACUGUGACCUGUGGGGUCGGGCUAAUGUUGAGAACUGUCCCGCGAAUUUGAUUUGGAACGAUUUAACCAAAUCUUGCGUUGUGAAUCUUAAUUAAUUAAUUACUGAUAAAACUCGUUUCAGAAUGCAUAGUUUACAAAUAUGAAUACAUAGCACUUCUUUUAUCCCUUUGUUUUUUAACUCGGAAAAUUUCUUGUUUGCUUCAGUUUUCUAUUGUAAAUCGGAUAUGUUUAAUAAAUGAGAAAUUGAUACUGAUUGAUUGAU